UUAAAUUAGCUCAAAAACUCAAACCAGUUAAUGUCAUUAUUAGCAUUGAACAUAAAUUUAAUAACAUCGUAAUUUCUUUAUAUAAUAAGAAUGAUCAAAAGAACAAAGAAUUUAUUGAUAGUGUUAAAUUUUUCAAUCCGAUUAUAAGUAAUCCAUCAAAUGAUGAAAACGGAGAAAAUGAGGAAACAGAAGAAGAAAAGGAAGAAACAGCAUCUAAAUCAUCUAUUCGAGAAAGACAAGUACACGAAGUUAUAUUAGGCGGCGACAGAAUUUACGGUAAAAAUGGUCAUGAGAGAGUUACUGGUAGUGCGGGAUUUUGGGUAUUAGAUAAUUCCAAUCAGAGUUAUUUAUUAACCGCAGGUCAUGGAGCUAGAGUUCUUAGUAACAGAUCUAGGACUGUGAAAUUUUAUUCAAGUUCAAAUACCAUAAUCGGUCCAAUGCAUUAUUAUCAUUCUAACAUAACUGAUUUUGGAUUAAUUUCAUAUGAGAAUCCAGAAAUCAUACCAGUACCAAGAAUAAGGAACUAUGAAGCUGCGCUUUACCCUGAGAUAUUUAUAGAAGACGUUUUAUUUAUGAAUACUGAGGGAUCUCAUGUAUGUAAAUCUGGUGAAAAAACCGGUACAACUUGCGGGGAAUUGGCUGCAAUCGAUGGCGUGUCUACAAAUAGUAAAGGUUUUAUACUUUACGGAAUCCUCAAAAUGCGGUUGUUUGCUGCUGGUGGCGAUAGUGGUGGUUCUGUAUUUCAUUAUGUAGACCUUUCACAUCGUUAUUCAUUUCCUUAUGCAUACGCAGUUGGUAUAUUAGUGCGUUCAAAUGUUAUUAGAGGCACUAGCAUAGUUGUACCAGCAAACGUAAUCAUGCAAUAUGGUAUUAGAUUUAUGGAAGGCGUUUAUUUUA